UUGAAGUGAUCCAGUUCGUCAGACAGCACAGACCACGUUCGCAAUGCAAUCGCUGGUGGUGUUCCUCGCCGUGGCCGCCGUGGCGCGCGCCUCCCUCCUGCCGCUGGCGCAGCCCGCGCACCAUCCCGCCAUCGUCCUGGACCCUCACGGCCGCCCCCUGGACACCGCCGAGGUCAUCGGCGCCCGCGCCCUCCACUACCAGGCUAAAGCCCUGGAACCCCACGGCCACAUCGCUCACGCUGCCAUCGCUGCCCCUAUCGCCCACGCCGCCAUCGCCCAUGUCGCUCCCGCAGUAAUCGCCGCCCCCGCCGCCGUGUCCCACCAGUCCCGCGUUGACAUCAGCCAUAGCCCGGCCAUCGUGUCCCACGCCGUUCACGCUCCGGUCUACGCCGCCGCUCCCUCCGUCUCCGCGUGGGGCGCUCACGGCCUCAGCGGCCUCCACGCUUCGCCCCUCCUAGCUCACAGCCUCCACAAGCGCUCCCUGGGCCUGUGGGGAUCCCACGCCGCCGUCGCCGCCCCCGUCGCCCACGCCGCCGUGAUCGCCGCCCCCGCCCACGCCGUGUCCCACCAGUCCCGCGUCGACGUGCACCACAGCCCGGCCAUCGUGUCGCACGCCGUGGCCGCGCCCGUGAUCUCGCACGUGGCCGCGCCCGUGGUCGCGCACGCGCUCCCCGCCGCCGUGUCCCACCAGUCCCGCGUCGACGUCCGCACCAGCCCCGCCGUGGUCGCCCACAGCGUGGUCGCCGCGCCCAUCGCUCACGGCGUGCAUGGUGUUCAUGGUCUCCACGGAUGGUAAACGGCAAGAACUGACGAACUACCAAAAAUAUAAAUUUAUAUUAAAGUAUUUAAAAGGAAA